UUCAAGUGCAACGACGACGAUGUGGCUCACUCCGAUAGUGGUUGGGUGCCUUGUGGGCUGCCUUGCAACGGCAGCUCUGGGAUACAAGAGCUGUGCGGCGGAGAAGCAAUGUGUGCCCUCCGAGCAGUGCAACGAGGGUCUCCUGGUGGAUGGGCACUUCUAUCCGGAUCGCAGCCGGACCAUGUUGGACGAGCAGUGUCAUUAUAUGGAGAAGUGCUGCAAUGCCCACGAUACGCUACCCGCGGCCAGAACUCUGGAAGGAGCCAACUCCUGGCAAUGCGGAGGACGCCAUGACCUCUGGUACUAUCUCCGGCCGUGGGGAUACAAGCAGCAGGAGGCCAAGUUCGGCGAGUUCCCCUGGCUGGUGGCCAUCUACGGGUCCGAUGGGUAUCUGUGCAGUGGCGCUCUCAUAUCUCCCCGAGCCGUCCUUACCACGGCCCGUUGCGUGCAGAACGAGAGUGCCGAGGAGCUUCGUCUGGUGGCAGGCGAAUGGGAUGCCGCCGUGGAGUUGGAGCCGCAACCCCAUCAGAGCCGAGCGGUGGCCGAGCUGCUGCUGCAUCCCAACUAUACGCAAACGCCAGUGGCCCACAACAUAGCAGUGCUGCUGCUGGCCAAGGAGUCGUCUCCCUUUGAGCUGGCGCCCAAUGUUCAGCUGAUUUGCCUGCCUCCGCCCCAGAUGGUGUACAACUACAGCCAGUGCUAUGUGUCCGGGUGGCGGCGAAGGGACUUCGGUGGGUCCGAGACCCUGCCCAAGCGCUGGACCCUCUACGCCCUGCCGCGGGAUCAGUGCAUGGCGAAGCUCCGGCUGUCCUACCUGGGUCGUCGCAACUCCCGCAAUGACACGCUGCUCUGCGCUGGCGGGGACAAGGGUGACUUUGUCUGCGGCGAUGGCGGCAUGGAUGGCGUGCCCCUGAUGUGUCCGCUACCCGGCCACGACGAUCGCUUCGUUUUGGCCGGCCUGCUGGCCAGGCCCGGACGCUGCGACGGCCCCCAGCUGCUUGGAAUUUACACCAACUUGCUGUUCUACCGCCAGUGGAUAGACCAGAAGCUCAGGGAACGCGAUCUCGACAUACGGCAGUACAUGGUGUAACCGGAUUGGGUGUCGAAGGUAUCGAAUACCCGCAUAUAAACAACGAUUAUUCCACGGAAA